GAGGGCAUGUUUAUAAAUAUGCAAUAUAAAAACCCUCUCCACUAUAUAAGCCGAAAUUACUCUCCACUUCUUUUCAUCAAAAUCCCAAACCCUAGUGAGCGCAGCAGCAGCCACAGUCGGAGGAGAGAGAAAUUCGCCUCGCCUGCCUUCAACCAUGACUUUCAAGAGAAGAAACGGAGGUCGCAACAAGCAUGGCCGCGGUCAUGUUAACUUCAUUCGUUGCUCCAACUGCGGUAAAUGCUGCCCUAAGGACAAGGCCAUCAAGAGAUUUAUCGUGAGGAACAUUGUUGAACAAGCAGCUGUUCGUGAUGUUCAAGAAGCUUGUGUCUAUGAUGGGUAUGUGCUCCCAAAGCUUUACACCAAGAUGCAAUAUUGUGUCUCCUGUGCUAUCCACUCCCACGUGGUGAGGGUACGAUCUGUUACUAACAGGAGGAACCGUGACCCACCACAACGUUUCCCUAGACGCAAGGAGGACACACCAAGGCCUGGUGCUCCUGGAGCUCGACCUGCUGGUGCUCCUGCUGCUGGAGCCCGUGCAUAAGGGAUACUCACGUUCGUCUGAAGCUUAAUGUUGCCAUGCUUAUUUCAUAGAUUUUGUGAACUUUAGUUCAAAGUUUUGGUUCAGGAUUUUUGUAAACCUCAACUCUAUGCUUGAGCUGUCUUUAUUUAGAAUUGAAUGGGGAUGAUUGUUAUCCAAAGUUUAAUGCUUCAAAUUGUUUACUUCA